UUGUAUAAAAAAGCUGAGAAUUAUUGAAGCCUAAAAUAAUUUAUUUCUUAAUCCAUUCAUUUCAAUAUUUGAAUUUUUCCUGGCAUCAUGCCAGAUCCAAUACCCACACCUACUAUUUACGCACACCCUUGCGAUGAUGUUGAUUGGAAACCAGAACAGCCAAGCGAAAUGCGUAAGGCUCACCGCUUCAAGGGUCCCAUUUACGAGGCGCUACUUAAAGAGUUCUACGAGGAUGGUUGUUAUUUAGGAGCCCGCCAUUUUGAAUACUUAGUACAAUUGGAGAAAAGUCUUAUUGAAAGAGAGCAUGAAAUAUACUACGUCCACGAAGAAAGGAAUUUCCUUUUGCAACUUGUCGACAACGUGAAAGCAGCGGAGCAAAUUUUCCGUUUGGAUAAAAUGCGAGGUUUAUAUGUGACACGAAAACUACUCUAUCAGUCCAUGGUAUUGGUAGAAAAUCAACGUUUUCUUUGGUUAACACAUAAAAUGUACGAAAUAAUAGCCAAAUAUAUGCUAAGGCCUAAAACAGAUGAUUGUUUAGCGAUGGAACAAUCUACGAGAUUUAUUUUCAAGUAUGCCAAAUUUUUGAUGCACCAUGGAAAACCCGAACAACUUACGGAAGCCACGAUUCUUAUUCCCGUUGCAAUGGAAGCGGCUUGCGUCGAGGCAUGGAAACCCGAUACCAGCCCUGAGGAUGAGAUGUUUUCAACUCUGCAUGUCGCUUUGGGUAACUUACUGGCUAAUUUAUAUCUGAUCAAAGCAAAACAAGUUGGUAUAACGCGGAAACACGCGCUCAAGCGUGUACAGAAAGCUCUCAAGGCGAUUGCUACAGUUGGCAUAAAGGAGAACAGAUGUGUUGCCUUUAACGUUUUUCUAGCCAAAAUCCAGCUACUCAUAGAUGCUGGUAGAUAUGACUGGGCUUUGAGAGAAUUGCACUUGCUAGAGCAAAGUGUAAUGAAAGCGGAAGGUCCAGAAUUUGUGCAGCACAAGUUGGAUUGUCUUAAAAAGCUUGGUAUUAUAUAUUAUAGACUGAACCAGCCAAUUGAUGCAAUAAACAUUUACGGCAAAGCAUUGCAUUUUUGCAGAAUAAAUAACAUUUCACAAGCUGAAGGUGAUAUUCUACUGAAAAUCGGAGACGCACAACGUAUUUUGCCUGGCGGCGAAUUGAGAGCACGUUUAGCAUUUCAAAUGGCUAAAACACAUUUUCAGAGCUUUGGCGAAAUUUCAAAAGCAUCUAAUACUAAAUAUUUAAUAGCCGGUUUGAAGUCACAUCUAAUAAGCGCUGAUUUAAAAAAACUGAUUUAUUCGAAAACGUAUUGUGAUCAUUAUAAACUAAGGCGUUGGAAAGACCUUUGUGAACCCUUUUGGGACGAAGAGAAACAAGUUGGCUAUAUAAAAAAAGACAUUUUAACCAGCAUAUCUAUGUAUACGUCUGACAAUCUAUACAAACUAUACAAUCUCAUAUUAAAUACGCGACCUGCAUCUAUGCAUGAAAAGAUCACAAAGAAAGAGGAAGAAUCAGAGGAAAGCUUCGAUUUGGAGCAUGUCGUUGUAAAACAUUUAUACUACAGUAAUACAGAAACAGCUAUUCAAACAGAAGAGGGGCUUUAUGAAUAUGAAUAUGAAUAUGAAUAUUCUUCUGAUGGCAGUAUUAUGGAGGGUAUUGAACGUUACGAUUCAGAAAAAAUUGGUAGAGGUCAAGGCAUCCACAUAACGAAUGUGCGAAAAUAUUCGGCUUCAACUUAUUCAAAGAGAUCUUCACGCAAAAACGAGUGGAUUGUAAAGGAUACAGAUCCAAUAUGCUGUUUACUACGAGAGAUAUGAAAUU